AUGGGUCAUUGUACAAGUUAAAUUUAACAUAAUAAAUCUCCUCAAAAAUAAAUAGGGAAAACACUUCAAAAGGGAACAAUGAAAUUCAAUAGUGAGUUAUCUAAUAUUAGAUUGAGUCAUCCAUCAAAAUCAUGUCAUCUUAAAAUUGAUAUCGGUGGGUAUUAUAAAUGUGAUACUCCGAAGCAUUUUGACUUAGAAGGGAAGCAUGGUGUAAGAUUGCUAAGUUAUAAUAAUAGUGGAAGAGGAAAAUAACAUUGUAAUUAGAAGCAAGUGAAAUAUAAUUGAGAGAAAAGUAUUUGGUUUUCAUUCUGUUUGAGGAUGACAAAGAACUCUCUUAAUUGCGUAUAUCAUUGUAUGAAAUAAUAUCUGGACCAUAAUUUUUUGAUUACCAAUUAGGAAAAGGGAGAAUCUCGUUCAAUAUGAUAAUGGCAUAAAUUCUUUAAUUAGAAAUAUAUCCAUAAGAUUUAAUAUGUACGAUGAACACAUGUAUUCAAGAAAAACAAUAUUUGUUUAAUCUAAGAUUGGUAACAAGAAAGAUGCAAUUUUUAUCAGAGAAUUCAGAAAAAUUUAAUAACCCUGCAUAUAUGAGAGGAAGGAGUUUAUCUUAUACAAAUAUACAAGAUGAAUUAUUCAGAAUAUAAUGGUUGAGUACAGAAAUGCCUAAAUUAAUUGUAGAAUUACCUAUUAAUGAAAUCUCAAGUUCUUCAUUAUAAGUUUGUAUUUGGAGUAUAAACAAAUCAAAUGAAGAUCAUUCACCUACUAGAAAAUCUGUAAAGUCGCUUAAUUUUCAUGUUGAAGCUAUAGAGCAAGUCUUAUUUGCUGAAUCUAAUAUUGCAUUGAAUUAUUUACUUUAAAAUUAAGAAGAAUAAAUGAUUGAUCAUAGUAUUCACAAAUGUAAUAUAACAAAAGGAUUGUGGUUAAGAGGUAAUAAGAUUGGAUAAAUGUAAUCAGACUUUUCUAUUAAAAUUCCACUUUAUAUAAAAUAAUAGAUGAUUGGAUUAAGAACUGAAAAGGGAUGCACUAUUGGAACAGGUAUAUUAGCUAAUUAAAGUAUAAAGGAAAUUGGCGAAGUAGUAAGUUAGUUUGAGAAAUUGAGUUAGAUCAUGUUUAAAUUAUCUAAUAAUCAUGCUUAAUAAAAACAAUAAUUAAUGACUGAGUUAUAAAACACAGCUGAAUCAUUGUUGAUAGCAGUAAGUAAAAGUGAUAAGGAUUCAUAAUUAAGACAAUUCUAUUAUAAGAGUUAUGAUGAUUUAAUGAAAGGAUAAGAGAUAUUCAUUAAAAUAGCAGAAAAUCUCUUGAAUUUUGUAGAUAAAAUAGAAGGAAAUAUAAGAGAAAUAUAUUAUGAAAUAUUAUAGAUUGUUUGUACUAGAGGUGAAUUAAGUUUAGGUUCUAUGGGAUAUUUCGAUGAUUGUAAACAAUUAAAUAAAAAACAAUUGAAAUUUAAAAGUUAAAUCUGUUGUCAUUUUUAAUAGUUUCUUUAUAAUACUUUAAAUAUAGCAUUAUAGAAGAUAUGUUUGAAAGCAAUGUCUUCAAAAGAGAAAGCAUUUGUUGAGAAAUUCUUAGCAAGUUCUUUUUUUAAAGUUCCAGAAUUUAGAGAGGCAUUUGUUAAUGCACUUUAAAAUCCAAAUGAUCCAGAAUUAUCAGAAUGGCGUGGAACUGAUUAUUAAUUAGAUGAACCAGAGAAUUUUAGAACUGAAUAAAUUACUGUUUUAUUUGAUUGGCAAAGCUAUUUCUAUAAUUAUUUGCCUUCUAAUUUAAAUAUCAAUGCAGUCACACUAACAUCAGAUGAAGAAUGGCGUAGAAUUAUUACUAAAAGAAAUACUACUUUCUUUUUCUUUGUCUAAGCUUUAUGUUUACAUAUACAAUUGAAGUUUUAAAAAGAUAUUAUACCUUGGAAAGAUAUCCCAGGGUAUAGAAAGAUUUUAAAAGCACUUUUAUGUGAAUUAAAAAUAAGAGACUCAUAUCCUGAUGCAAUGAUUAAUGCAAUAACAUCUGUUGUUACUAAUGGAGGACCAUUAAAUGUUAUCAUUAUGAUUUUGUUCAAUAAAACUAAGUAUUCAUAUUUAAUUAUUAAUUUAAAGUAUUUAUUCAAGUGAUAGAGUUGUUUAAGUAAUGGAUCUAAUUAGUUAAUGUAUUCAAUAAUGUUCAACUAUUCCAACCAAUUUUGAUUAUCCUUUCUUUUUAAGUGGACUAAGAAUUGCAGUGACUUAAAGUUAGAAUGCUUUUGUGAUUGCAAAAAGUCUACAUUUAAUCUAUAAUAAUUAUUUAGUAUUUCCUUUAGAAUUUAAAAAAGCUAUUGUUGAUUUUUUAUUUGAAGCCUAAUGUUAUGAAUUAUUUUUGCAUUGGUCUAAGACUGUAAGAAGUGUUUAUAUUGGUUUAUUAAUUUAUCGUAUUCAUCAUUUACAUAGAAAUAAUAAAAUUUAGAUUACAGAUGAAAAUUAAUUUGAUAAAUAAUACUUCUAAAUAACUAAACCAAAGAGAUUAUAAAGUUAUUAUGAAAAUAGAAAAGAAGAAACUUAAUUGAUGGUAACUUAUUUAUUAUUUUUAGUUAGAGUGAUUAUAUUUAUUUGAAAUAUUCUAGAUUUAUGAUGAAUAUAGAGUAAGCUAAAGCUAAAUUCUUAACUAAAUCAUAUAGUGUAGAAUUGCCUUUGAUUUAAAGAAUGAAAAUGAAAUUAGACUAAAAACUUAAAAUUGAUGGUUCAAUUAAAGAUUUAGUAAUUUGUGAAGAAUAAGUCAAAACACCUGAAAUUGAUAAAAAGCUAAUUUUUGAAAGAAAAAUAGAGUUCAGGAAUCCAAAUAAAAAAAAAGCAAUAAUUUUAGAUGAAAAUCACCUUAGAUAUCUAUCUGCUGCUAUGACUGAAUAUAAUGAAAUGCAGAAACAAUAUACUAAAUGGAGAUAAUAAAAUAUUGCUUCAGUUUAAGCUUCUAUAUAAGGAAUGACAGAUGAAGAAAAAGCAGCCAAACUUACUUAAUUUCCAGUACCAUAAAUAAAACUUAUGCAAACCUAUGAUAUGAAAGAAGGUAAACACGAAUGA